CAGUGCCACAAACUCCAACAUUGCAAAGUUGAGACAUCUCAGAAACUACAACUCAGGUUAUCAAAUCUAUCUCCUUCUUUCUUCUUAUGCCGUGUUUGGCAAUUCACGUUUCGCGUUCCCAUGUCUUUGCUCUCUCCUCUUUUCUGGGUUUUCUUGUGCCGCAACGCUACGGGUUCAUGCCUAGAAAUCAAAGAAGCAAACAAUCGGGGAUUAGAUAGAUGCGGAAUCCUCCCUUUUUAUACAUCAAAACAAGUUGGUCCAGGUUUCUCUACGGUUUUGAGAAUGGUUCUUCUGAUGGAUGAGGAAAACAAUCUUGUGGAAGAAACAGCUGUUACAGAAGAUUCCUCUGAUGUUGAAUUUGCCUGUGGAGAUCCACAAGUUGAGCCUCGUGUUGGAGCCGAGUUUCAGGUCGAUAUUCCUCCUGUGAUGUCUGCAUCCAAACGUGCAGUGUUUCUUUCGACUCCUCAAGCUUUGGAUGAUUCCUUAUAUUCCUUUCUCGUCGGACUACCUGUCCCAGUAAUGUGGAUAGACACACAUCAGAAAGGACAAGGAAAUGGAGAUGAUAAUGUUGACAUGAACCAAUCUUUGAGAUCAUUAAAAGCGAAAAGAAGUCGUUGCUCUGCCAAGAUGAGAGGCGAGAGUGACAAGAAUUCCCAAUCCAAGAAGCAAAGAUUGGAUCUUGAGGCUGUGCCUGAGAUAUCAUCCAGUUCUUGGGAAGAUUCUGAGGUUGCUAGCUUUGUUCUUGCUCUGUAUACAUUCGGGAAGAACUUUACUCUAGUGAAGAAAUUCAUGGAGAACAAAGGAACAAGAGAGAUAAUGUUGUUUUACUAUGGGAAGUUCUACAAGUCCGCUAAAUACCACAGUUGGUCUGAUUCCCGCAAGAAGCGGAACCGGAAAUGUGUAAAUGGAAGAAAGCUCUAUUCAGGUUGGAGGCAACAGCAGUUGUUAUCCCGUUUGAUUCCUUCUAUUACCGAUGAAUCUCAGAAGCAGAUGCUCGUAAAUGUCUCAAAGUCAUUUGCUGAAGAGAAUAUCACUCUGGAGAAAUACGUAAGCGCAGUGAAGGAUCUUGUGGGUCUGAGGCCUCUGGUAGACGCUGUGGCUAUUGGUAAAGAAAAAGAAGAUCUCACGGUUCUUACAGCAGGAACAGUGAAGACCAAACCAUGGUUCACGGUUUCUCCAAAACCUUCUUCGGUCCCGGGCUUAGGAGCUUACACUUCACUCACAUCUGCUGACAUAAUAAAUCAGUUAACCGGCAGUUCGCGUCUAAGCAAAGCCCGGUGCAAUGAUAUCUUCUGGGAAGCUGUAUGGCCGCGUUUGCUAGCCAGAGGGUGGCAUUCAGAGCAGCCCAAGGAGAGAGGCUAUUUCACAUGUAAGGAUAACAUUGUUUUCAUUGUCCCUGGCGUGAAACGGUUUUCAAGAGGGGAACUUGUCAAAGGCGAUCAUUACUUUGAUUCUGUCAGUGACAUUCUAACGAAGGUUGCUUCGGAGCCUGAUCUUCUUGAGUUUGAAAUAGGAGGAGAGAUUAGAGAAGCGGCCGCCAAUGAAUUCGUUGUUGCAGAGAACUCUUCUGACCAAUCAGAUGAAGAUUCUUCCCCGUCUGGUAGUCAAAGACAUCGUUACCUCAGGUCUCCAUGUUCUAACCGUGGAACUCAGGGAAUGAAAUUCACUGUUGUGGACACUAGUUUGGCUGCAGGAGGAAAGUUGUGUGAUUUACGGAAGCUGAAUGCAGAAUCUCUAGUUUCUGAGCCAAAGAAUCCUCUAGGAGGAAAAGUUUCUUCUAUGCUGGAAAAUUCCCAGGUCAUUCAGAGCGUGGAAAAGUCCCAAGUGAUGCCUAUGGAUGCCAAGAACCAAGUGGAUAACCCAAUGCGAUUCACGAUUAUUGAUACGAGUCUAGACCACCGUGAAAAAUUAUCUGGGUUUAGGAGAUGGAGACAUUUACCAGGUGAUGACACAAAAAGUGGUUAUGUAGGGGCUGAUUCUGGUAUAAAGGAGGGGGAUGAGACUUUGGAGAAGGUUAAAGAUUUUUCAAAGAGGUUGAGUAAGAAUAAGUCUAACCGACAAGAAGAAGCUAACUAUCAUUCAGUAAAUUCUGCCCCACAGUUAAAACGCAGACGGCUCAGUGCUUGCAUUAGAAGGGAAAAAAGCCUUUCAAGAGAAAGUCCAGUGUUCGAACACUUACCGGGUGAUGACACAAAAAGGACGGUAUCUCCUGAAUCAGACCAGGUAAGUUUAUGUGCGGUCCAACAUCUAAAUAAUACUCGUGAAGAGAUGAAUGAGGACAAAGUGAGAGAUGAAACCGUGUUAUCCGUUGAUUAUAUGAACUUAAAGUCUGAUCAAUCAAAACAGACUGGAACUGGACCGUCCUCUUCGCUUGUUGAGAUUCAAGAAAUGUCAGAGAUCGAACCAAAUGGGUUAGCUUCCAUCUCCGGUGUAGACAAAAACUGUUCACCAGAGGAGAUAAGAACAGCUCCUGAACUCAUUUCAUCAGAAAAAGAACCAAACGGGCUCUGUUCAGUGUCAGACUCAGGCAAAAAACGCGCGUCCAAUGAUCUGGAACAAGAGCAAGCCGUUGAGCCGCCUUCCAUCUCAGGCUCAAAAAUUAACAGUUCUCCUUCCAAUGAUCUGGCAACUAGUCAAGAACUUGGUUCAUCAGAACAACAACAGCACGGCCAACAGACUAAUACAGAUGGUCCUAGGAGACAGAGCACAAGAAAGCGACCAUUGACCACCCGGGCUCUGGAAGCUCUUGAGUCUGGAUUUCUUACAACCAAGAGAAUGAUGAGCACGAUUAAACCGAGAAGAAGUGAAAGCUCUAGGAAGAAAAAGCGCUCAGCUGAAGCGUGUAACAGAGCACAACUUUUGUCAGACAAUGGGAGUGAAGAUUUGGAGCAAAGAAGAGAAGAUGGAAGCAUUUUUGUAAAGAAAGCAACAGCAAGUAAGCCCUUGGAUCAAAUAGAGGAUUCAAAACCUACCUUUCUUCUUAAUGCAAUAACAAGUGAGAGUAAGGCUCUGGAUCGUAGACAGGAUUCAAAGCCGGUGAUAACUGAACAUCCUAAACUUCCACCGAUUGUUUUGAAGCUUUCACUUAAGCGUAGCAGAGGAGCUUCAGAGACUUAGGUCUUAAAAGUUUGGGUGUUGGCUGUGAAAGAUGGCCUUUCUAAAGAAUAAAUGUGUACAGAAGUAGAAAUUUUAAACAAAAGGGUUUUAUUUCAUACCCUUCUUCUUUGUUUUUCAUUUUUUGUUGGGUCAAAUGUGACAACGCUACACACAACAUUUCCAAGGCUGU